UUAUUUUGACCUCCACUGUAUCUUAAUUUUUGUUUGGGGGGUUCUCAAAUUCUCUGAUUCUCCAAAUGCACGCAUUCUGUGUAUACAUUGGCGUGCCUUUGAUGACAAGGAAAACCCAAAUCAGGGAGUAAAACAUGAAGAACAAUAGCAGCAGCGGCGGCAACAGCAACAUGGGCGAUAAGGGUCGGACCUUACCCGUCGACCCGAAUCUCCCCAGAUACCUUUGCCAGAAUUGCCACAACUACCUCUGCUUCGUCGGCGUCGACUCUUAUGCCGACAAGUAUUUCCCCUCCUCCGACGCUUCUCGUUCCGGGAUGCAGGGUUCGUCUAUGCAUGGGGCUGGUAGUGUUUUAGCUUCAACCCGUAUGGAUCAUUCAUAUGUUGUGCUGCCAAAGCAAAAAAGUCAGACUCCAGGGGUGCCUCCUCGGCCCCGAGCUGGAGCCGUUCAACCUGAGGCUAGUCAGUCAGUCAGGGCAAUGGAAGAAUCAUUUGUAGUUUUGCCUCCACCUGCGGCUUCAGUUUAUAAAUCAGAGUCUGCUGCUGAUGGAGUUGGAACUCAUCUACCAUCACCUGAAGGUGGCCAAACUAAUAUUCCUCCUCAGCCAAAUAAUUCUGGCUUCCACACCACCAUAACCGUCCUGAAACGUGCAUUUGACAUUGCCACGACACAGACACAGGUUGAACAACCUUUGUGUCUGGAGUGCAUGCGAGUACUGUCUGAUAAGCUUGAUAAAGAGGUUGAAGAUGUGAACAGGGACAUAAAUGCAUAUGAAGCCUGUCUGAAGCAACUGGAGGGGGAGGAGAGAAAGGUUCUUGGCGAGGCUGAUUUUCUUAAGGAGAAACUUAAGAUAGUGGAAGAAGAACAAAAGCUUGAAGCAGCCAUUGAUGAAACAGAAAAACAAUGUGCAGAAGUUACUGCUCAAUUGAAAGAAUUGGAGUUAAAGUCAAGUCGCUUCAAAGAGUUGGAGGAGCGGUAUUGGCAGGAAUUCAAUAAUUUUCAGUUCAAGUUGAUUUCACAUCAGGAAGAAAGAGAUGCAAUUUUGGCAAAAAUUGAAGUUUCACAAGCUCAUCUAGACUUGUUGAAGCGUACUAAUGUGCUAACUGAUGCUUUCCCAAUUGGAUAUGAUGAAGAUUUUGGAACAAUCAACAACUUUCGCUUGGGGAGACUUCCAAAGUGUCCUGUUGAGUGGGAUGAGAUAAAUGCUGCUUGGGGUCAAGCUUGCCUUCUCCUUCAUACAAUGGCUCAGUAUUAUCGGCCAAAGUUUCAAUAUCGGAUAAAAAUUCUGCCCAUGGGUAGUUAUCCUCGCAUCAUGGACACAGGCAACAACACCUAUGAACUCUUUGGUCCAGUUAAUUUAUUCUGGAGUACACGCUAUGACAAGGCAAUGACACUGUUCUUGACGUGCCUUAAGGAUUUUGCUGAGUUUGCAAAUGCCAAGGAUAAAGAGAACAUUCCUCCUGAGAAACGUUUCAAGCUACCUUACAAGAUAGAAAAUGACAAAGUGGAGAGUUAUUCAAUUACACAAAGCUUCAAUAAACAGGAGAAUUGGACUAAAGCUCUCAAGUACACUCUGUGCAACUUGAAAUGGGCUCUGUACUGGUUUAUAGGGAACACAAAUUUCCAACCGCUUUCACCUCCUGUCUCUCAUCAUACUGAAGUUACAGCUGGAAGCUCUUUGUACGGUAAAAGGACCGGUGAUGCCAAAUUCUGACGUGGAAUCGCCUUACUGUGUGUAAAUAUAUUAAUUGCUAAGCUUUCUGUAUUUACAAAGUAAUUAACUUGAAUGAUGUAUCAAAUCAUCCUUGAUGUAUAUCUCUGUUUUUUUGGGGUUACGGUUGAUCAUUUUGGAGAAUAGCCGUCGAGAUGAGAGUGAAAGAGAGGGAAAGAGGUAAACAAAGACAAUGACGGCAAUUAGAGAGCUUUUCUGGUGGUGCUCGGGCACAGGUUCUGUUUACCCCUGACUUGGCAAGCAGAGGACAUGUAAGGGCUAUAAUUGGAACUCUGGGCCUUAUUUUCCAGCAGUAUGAAAUGUGAAUAUAUACAGUUAUUAUUGUUUUUGUUUUCAAGUAAUGUUA